CUUGAGGAUCAUAGAAUUGAAACAUAAUUACUCUAACAAAUCAUGGUAACACAAUGUUCGAUUUAUGUAGGUUUCUCCUCAAAUUUAAUUUGUUUUCUUUUCUUGUCAUCCAAACAUAGCUGCAUCUGUGGAUAACAGUUUUUAGUAGUCGUUUCAUAUCAAAAUCUCUGCUUCCUUCCCUAGCAAUCCUAGCCACAGCUGUUUGCCUUUUUGUGCGUCUCGGUCCAGGAGAAAAUCCAGGAAGUAUUCAACACAUUCUCUCUAUUCAACAAUCAAAUGUUGGAUUCAAGAUGAUAAUUCGUCUGCAAUUCCCUCACAAACCCCCAAUCCCUCACUCCUCGCAGCCUCCUAUACCAAAAUCCAUCAAAAACACUAUCCCUGUCCCUAUCCCUAUCCCUUCCCCAAGAAAACGCUCUGAAAUUCUACUGGACGGCUUCACCCCUCUCAGAACCCGCACCCUUUCUGCUCCUCUCCCCUUCAACCCAGCGUCUGCCGUCGAUUCUGGUGUCCUUUUCCGUGAGAAGCUUCUCUACCUUGAAGCCCUCAACGUUGAUUCCUCCAAAGCCCUCGAGAAGAACCCAGAUAUCCGGUCAGCCCCGGUCGACUCCCUCAAGUCCGUCGAGAAAUGUCUAUACUCAAUGGGCAUCGAACGCUCGGACGUCGGCCGCAUCUUUGGAAUGUACCCUCAGCUUCUCACUUGCGAUCCCUACACCCAUCUCUACCCUGUCUUCGAUUUCCUUAUCAAUGAUGUCGGAAUCCCAUUUCACGAUGUCCGUAAAUCCAUCAUUCGAUGCCCUAGACUCUUGAUUUCCAGCGUUCGUGAUCAGUUGAAGCCUGCCCUCUAUUUCCUACGCAGGCUUGGAUUCGUGGGUCCUCACGCAAUCAAUUGCCAGACGACCCUGCUCUUGGUUUCCAGUGUGGAGGGCACCCUUGUGCCUAAGUUUGAGUAUCUGCAGGGAUUGGGAUUUUCGUACAAGGAGACGGCUAAGAUGGUUUUAAGGUCGCCUGCGUUAUUGACGUUUAGCAUUUCCAAUAAUUUUCAGCCCAAGGUGGACUAUUUCAUAAACGAGAUGAAUGGAGAUUUGGCGGAGCUCAAGAGGUUUCCCCAAUAUUUCUCUUUUAGUCUGGAUGGGAAGAUAAAGCCUCGGCAUCGGCUUUUGGUCGAGUAUGGGUUCUUACUUCCUUUGCCGGAGAUGCUGAAAGUUAGUGAUGGUGAAUUUAGGGAGCGUUUGAUCGAAAUGCGGUUGCGUACUGUGGAAGAGAGAGCGUCUUUGUAAGUUAUAUGUGCUUUUGUAUCUUUAUUAUAUAUCACAUUAACAGGAAAUCUACACCAAAAAUCAGUUGUCUGAUUUUAUUCCAUGAAUGUACAAUUUUUAUAACCCCAAUGACUGAGAAGAUAAUCACAAUUGGCAAUGGGAUUUGUAUGUC